CCAAAACAAAAAUGGCGAUAUCAUAAUGACAACAAACCAGAAUCAACAGUCUAAAAAUGUCUAUAUAAUUUUAUAACGUUUCAUUAUAAAACCUUUAUCUUAAUGCCGAUAGAAAAAAUAAUUUUAAAUUACCAUGCUCGAUCUAGAAGUAGUCCCGGAAAGGUCACUUGGAAACGAGCAAUGGGAAUUUAUUCUUGGUAUGCCAUUCAACCAGGCUAUCAGUAUAUUAAAAAGACAAGAUAGGUUCAUUAAAGGGGUACAAGUAUGGUAUAGUGAUCAGUAUCCCCUGCAGAUGGACCUAGUGUUGAACCUGUCUCAAGAUGGUGUCAGACUGAUUUUUGAUCCUGUCUCACAAAGACUUAAGGUUAUUGAAGUGAAUAACUUGGGAAAAGUCAAGUUAAAAUAUUGUGGAGUCCACUUCAGCUCCCCACAAGUACAACCUACUAUAGAACAGAUAGACCAGUCCUUUGGAGCAACUCACCCAGGAGUUUACAACUCUGAGAAGCAAUUAUUUGUGUUGAAUUUUAGAGGAUUAUCGUUUGAUUUUCCCAUAGAAUCAAAGUUUGAGCCUAAAUAUGCCCAUGGUUUAGGAUCAUUACAGUUUCCUAAUGGUUCCUCCCCAGUUGUAUCUAGGAUGUGUAUAUAUACAGGAAGUAGUUUAGUUGAGACAAAAGCACCUCCACUGCCCAUUCUUUGUUUCCAUGGGAACUGUUAUUUAGAUUGUUUAGAAGUAUUAAGGGAAAGAAAUGUGACUAAAGGAUUAAAGUUCUUGCUAGUAACUGAAGGAAAUGGUCCUGGUAAAUUAAUAGACCCAAGAAAAAAGAUAGUAGAAAGAAUAGUACAGUUUGGUGAUUCCAGUCAGGAUGUUAUUAGUGCCUUAGGUUGUCCUGGAAAGGUGUACUAUAAAGCAGAAGAUAAAAUGAAGAUUCAUUCCCCUUAUGUUCACAAGCGGAUACGAUCUCAAUGUUCCGAUUAUUUCUUUAAUUAUUUUACACUUGGUGUUGACAUUUUAUUAGAUGCAAAUACACAUCAAGUAAAGAAGUUUAUUCUACAUACUAAUUUCCCGGGUCAUUAUAAUUUUAAUAUGUACUAUAGAUGUGAGUGUAAGAUUCCUGUGAUGGUGGAGAACUCUAAACCUAAACUAAUACAGACAGGAGAAAAUGAAGACGAAGAAGUGAGAGUUAUUACAGCUUAUUCUAAAUGGGAUUCUGUUCAGAAUUACUUAAUACGACCAGACCAACAGCCCGUGAUAUUAAAUAGAUCAGCCUCUACAAAUACAAGUAACCCCUUUGGAUCUACAUUCUGUUAUGGUGUACAGGAUCUUAUAUUUGAGGUAAUGCAGAACCAACAUAUAGCAUCUGUAACUUUAUAUAGACCUAAAUCUAGUGUAUCUUGAUCUCACAUCUACUUUGAUUGGCUUAAACUUUCUCAGUUGAUCACACAGAUGCAAACUGCAGCAACAACAAUAGUGAUUGGCUAAUGAACUGACCUAUCAGAGAUAUCAUUGGAACUAAGUGUAAUUACUGGUCCAAUUUGAAUGAAUUAAAGUAUUUGAAUUAACUAAUGUACCAAUCAUUACUGUUAUAUAUUUGUUGCCAUGACUUUAGAAGAGUAGACAGAAAUACAUCGCUGACUGUAGAAUUCCAAUUGAAGCUCAAAUUAUGAAAAAACAGUGGACCAGUUUAAACGGCAGGGAUGGCCUAGACAUAAAAUAAA